AUGAAUGAACGCCAAAUCAACGGCGCCAUGCUGUCUCUGGAGCCAGGGUGCCUCCUUGGGGCGACGAUUGACAUUCUCGCUAAGAAUCACAAAGCAGUGCCCCAUGGCGAUUGCUUCGGCGUCGGCGCAGGAGGCCACUUCCUCACUGCUGGCUGGGACCUACUACUGGCUCGGCGCUUUGGUCUCGGGUGCCAAGCUGUUGUUGGUGGAAGGAUUGCUCUCUGGGAUGGAACAAUUCUGGAGAUUGACAAGAAGAACCAUUCGGAGCUUCUUUACGCCAUGAGAGGCGGAGCAGCCGCAUGUGCCGGUGUUGUCACAAAGAUAUACCUGCGGCUAAUUGACGAGCCACCUCGGGCGGCUUGGAGAUCUACGCGAAUUAACAAACAGCAGCUUGCGACUUGCAUAAGCCAUGGGGCCUUCUCAAAGUCUUUGCGCUUGCCCAGAGAUAUCACUGUGUCGUUUCGCUUCCACUUCGAUCCGGAUCAGCUUGAACCGGUCUGCUCUUUCAAUAUUGUCAGCCUGUUGACUGUUGAAAAGACCAUGGAGGCCCUCGAAAGACAUCUUUGGGGGGACGUUACGCGUAUCGUAGCAGGGAAGACUGAAUGGAACGAAAAGUCCCUUCUAGACUUACGACUGAUUCCUGCUUCUGGUGGCUUGAAAAAAAGACCCUGCAAAGUUGGCUCAGGUCACACAAGCGGGCUUUCACAGCAGCUCUCUAUACUACUGUACCAAAAGCUCGACCAAGCGUGA